AUGUACCAAGAGUACAUGCAGAUGGUUCCUAUCCCCGCAAGGAAGGCCUCUCUGAUUCCUUGUAACUCAUGGAUAGGGUUGGCUGCAUCAAUCAAGGGGUUAUAUCAGCAACUGCUGCAAUACCCGACCAAUCUCUCCAUAAAGAAGUGGGAUAGUUUGAGGAUUGGGGCUAGCGAUGAAGACGUUCCAUCGGAUACACUCAUCGAUCCAGCCAAAGCCGAAGCAAGCAUUUGGCUUAUAGAAGAAAUGCAUAGAAAAACUACAUCUCCUUAUUUCAUUGCUAGGCUCUGGCAUGCUGAUCCUAUGUAUCAUGCUAAUAUUGAUGCAAUUUUCCCAGAUUUGAAUGAUCCAUCCAAAUAG